ACCUUUGUUUAAAUAGAGCUUGUUUUCAAGAAAGUCCAUGGCCAAGUAUGUAAGGGAAAAAGAAGAAAAAGUUAUAUCGGAGCUCUCCUCAACAGUGUCACUGGAGGUGAGCUGAGAUCCUGGUGGGGAGCUCCACCUUCUCCCAUCACCUGGUGGCACUUCCUGUGGCAAAGGACCUCUUGAAGACACGUGGUUGCACAGGUAAAUUGUCAAGCUCUCUCUGAGCAAUGUUUGUUUAACCACUAAAAAGAAAGCGCUUCAUGUCACCCCAAAGAGUAAAUACUGGAAGUUAUGGAUUAACUAAGUUUCAGCAGAGCUCAUGGCGGAAGAAUAGAUCACGCUGAUUCGCAGUGAAUAAAGCAGUGACUCCUGCUGCAGUAUGUGGAAGCUGGUCACCGUAGGGGUGUUGCUUGCUGCCUGCUCUUCACAAAUCCGUAGUUCCUCAAUAUUUUACAGCAAUAAAGAUGCAAACCAAGUCCUGAAAAUCCAGAAGCGGUCGAACUCUUUUCUGGAGGAGCUCAAACCAGGCUGUAUGGAGCGUGAGUGCGUUGAAGAGCGGUGUGACUUUGAGGAGGCCAGUGAGAUAUUUGAAACCAAGGAAGCAACACUAGAUUUUUGGACCAAGUAUGUAGAUGGAGAUCAGUGUGACCCACAGCCUUGUUCCAAUGGGACCUGCAAGGACAACAUUGGAAAAUUUUCCUGCAUCUGCAACAAAGGCUGGGAGGGGGCUUUGUGCAAUUAUGAGGUCAAAUACACCAACUGUUCUGUCAAUAAUGGAGGAUGUGAACAUUUCUGCAGGGAUGACCCUGCCAGGCAGCGCCGCUCCUGCAGCUGUGCGUCUGGCUACCAGCUGAUGAAUGACCACACCACGUGCAAGCCCGUAGUGGAGUUCCCCUGUGGACGAGUGAAAAUGGACUAUUAUGAAGCCAAAGCAGGAUUCAAUAUUCGGCUCAUUGAGGGAAAAGCAGGAAGAAGGGGAGACAGCCCUUGGCAGAUUAUGCUUCAAAACAGCAAAGGGAGAUUUCUCUGCGGGGGGGUUCUCAUCCAUCCGUCUUGGGUCCUAACGGCGGCACACUGCGUUGAGGCACAAGUGGGGCUCAAAGUAAGAAUUGGUAAAUUUCACCGUCUCCGUACCGAGGCCGAGGAACAAACCAUUUGGGUCGAUAAGAGCGUGAGCCACCAAAAUUACAGCAAGGAGAGCUCCGAUAACGACAUCGCCAUGCUGCACCUGGCCGAGCCCGUGAUGUACAACAAAUACUCUCUCCCCAUCUGCCUCCCCAGCCGUGAGCUGGCCGAGCAGGAGCUGACGCGGAGCGGGAAGCAGAUGGUGGUCACCGGCUGGGGCAGCACGAGUGACGUUAACAACAACUACUCCACUUUGCUCAGUUUCAUUGAAAUCCCCAUCGUUCCCCGGAACGAGUGUGCCCAGGCCAUGAGGUUUGCCAUCUCCGACAACAUGCUGUGCGCUGGGAGCUUAGGAGACAAGAAGGAUUCGUGCAGCGGGGACAGCGGAGGCCCCAUGAUCACCAAGUACAAGGACACCUGGUUUUUGGUAGGGCUGGUGAGCUGGGGAGAAGGCUGUGGGAGGAAGGAGAAAUUUGGUGUCUACACCAAAGUCAGUCAGUACCUUGAGUGGAUCCAGCAGCACAUAGAUGGGAUGUCAGCUUCUUGGAAGGGCUGAUCCUGGUGCUGAGAGUCUGGGAUACGGUGG